CGGAGCUCAACCUGCCCGGUACACCGCCCCCAGCAUGUCAUACUAUACGAGCCGCAUGUUCAUCACAAGUGCUGCUUGCACUCCGACAUCCAUCUAACAUCUCUCCAUCCACUGCACCGUUCGCUGAGUAACGUACCACCAGCCUGCUACGCGCGCACACGGAUCUGCAACACAAACACAUAAACCGGGGACGAUUUCUCCAGCACGCCAGGAGAGUUGGAGAUCCGCAGGUAUAAUUGCAGUGCUGCUCCGACGUUUGGUCGACAUGCUGGGGAUCUGCGUGUGUCUUUGUGCGGUUUUCACACAUGUCCUCUCUCAGGAGGCUGAGGAGCCCGUCCUCUACACAUGCACAGAAGGGUAUGAGUAUGACAGAGUCAGAGAGCAGUGCAGAGACAUCGAUGAGUGUGCCUUGUUAGACGAUGCCUGCAAAGGAGGGAUGCAGUGUAUCAACCACUUUGGUGGGUACCUCUGCCUCCCCAAGAGCGCAGUCAUCUAUAUCAGCAAGGAGGGCGAGCAGGUGCCACUGCCGGACCCUGUCCCUGCUGUCCCUGUUGCCCCACCAAGUCAGCCUGUGGUCCCACGGACUUCAGGCAACCAGGGGGGCACUCAGUCUGGCCGGACCAUCCGCUGUACACCUGGAUACACUGCAGAUGAGCAGAACCUCUGCAGAGACAUAGAUGAGUGUGCGACAGGUAGACACAGUUGUGGCCCUGAGCAGACAUGCUACAACACCAGAGGCUCCUACACCUGCCAGUGUCCUCCAGGCUACCAGAAGAACGGAGACCACUGUAUAGACCGAGACGAGUGCGCCAUGACCCACUACUGCAUGCAUAGAUGUGUGAACACACAGGGCUCAUACUACUGUGAGUGCAACGCAGGUCACAAGUUGGCCAGCAACAAUCACAGCUGUGUUGAUGUGAAUGAAUGUGAUGUGGAGAAUCCCUGUCAGCAUCACUGCUACAACCUGAUUGGCUCCUUCCUCUGCCAGUGUGAACAAGGCUACGAGCUGGCACAAGACACAGUCUCCUGCCAAGACAUUGAUGAAUGCAGCUUCUCCAGCUACAUGUGUCAGUUCCAGUGUAUUAACAGCCCUGGAAGUUACUCCUGUGAGUGUCCAGAGGGAUAUCAGCUCCAAGGAAACAGGUUGUGUCAAGACAUAAAUGAGUGUGAGACAGGGACCCAUAACUGCCAAGACGAUGAAAUGUGCUGGAACUAUUACGGAGGCUUCCGCUGCUAUCCCAGAAACCCCUGUGAGGCGCCUUACGCCAAAACCUCUGAGAAUCGCUGUAUCUGCCGGUCUCAGGCUGAGUGCCAGGGUCUCCCGCCAUCAAUUGUAUACAAAUACAUGAGCAUCCAGGCGGACCGGACUGUGCCAGCGGACAUCUUCCAGAUUCAGGCCACCAACAUGUACGCCAACACACACAACACCUUCAGGAUCAAAGCUGGGAAUGAGGGAGGAGAGUUUUUCCUGCGGCGUUCCAGCAACGUGAGUGCCAUGCUGGUGCUAACCAAGCCUCUGUCAGGCCCCAGGGAGUACGUCGUGGACCUGGAGAUGGUCACCCAUCAUCUGACCAUGAACUACCGUUCCAGCUCACUGCUGCGGCUCACCAUCAUAGUCGGGCCCUACGCCUUCUGAGCACCGCAAUCCCCGGCAGCCCCUCAUACGUCUGGUUCAGCAAACAUUAGCAGUGUAACACAGCAGAUGCCUGUAUCAGCAUUAACAUACUGUACAUUUUCAUGCAAUACAACAUAUAACAUAGGCUGUCCCAGACUCACUCAGCAGCACAAUGGUUUCAAUAGGCUUGCUCAUGACAGACCAGCCCAUGCUGUAAUGUGACCACUGGGCAUCUUUUUCUCUCAAGGUGCUGGGAAGCAGUUUGAUGGUGGGUUUAAGUGUCCUUAAGGAGUCAUGUACUGUGUUUCAACGACAGACUUUAACAAUAUAUAUUUUUUAUCUUUAAAGCUGAGACCUGUUUUACUUUUAGUGUCUGAGGUGGACAUCAGAAAAAUAACAGAGAUGCUUGAUGCAGCAUUUCCACUUUAAAUUCUUCCAUACUAAAAACAAUUGGAAACAGAGCAGUGGCACUCAGGAAAAGAGGCCUAGUGGACACACAUCCUGUGAUGAAUUUUUGAUGCAGCUGUACCUACAUUUAUCACUUUGUUUCAGACCAAACCUGCUUACACUAACCUGUGUGUGCAUCAGUGUAAGAAAGAGAGAGAAAUCCUGUUUUCUAGAUAUAUAUAUAUAUAUAUAUAUGUACAUGACAAAUAACCCAAUAUGAGCAGCUUUUGUUACAAAAAUAAUUGACAGACCUUGUAAAUCAGAGCUUCUGUUGAUAAAUGCUGUAGGGGUUAGUGCUGCUGCGCCACGCUAUUCGUGCAAGUUUCUGUAUAGUUUUACUCAUGAGUAAUAAUUUCCAGAGAAGUCCAGAACAGUUCAGAAGUGUAAAGGGAGGGAAUUUGCCUGUUAGUUGAGAGAGUACUAAACUCUGCAUGACAACAGGCUUGAUGCUCGUAGACUUUACUCCCACGAGUUAAGUCAUGUACAUACCAAGGUAACAAAUCUGUGUGUGUGGAUGUUUGUGUGAGUGAGUGUGUGAGUGUGCCUGGCUUUGUUUAUGCAUGCAAGCAAGUGAAAGUGUGAAACACACGAGGGAGAGAAAGGGAAAGAGUGAGAAGGAGCUUGUUCUCUGCCCCCAGGUUCAGUGGAUGUGGUUGAGCUGUUUAUGCGUUUCUGUGAUGCCAUCCUCGCAGCCCUCGGUCACAGAGGCAAUAACAGAGAUUUUUUUUUUUUUUUUUAAAACUCGAACACGCACAGGAAAUGACGGCUUUCAUAACACACCUCGGCCAGUCGACGGCUUGCUGGUGCCACGGCGAUUCUCAGAGGGAACAGCUGGGCUUUCUAAUGUCGGUCCCAGUCAAGAAGUCACACUGGCACCAGGUUGGCUUGCGUGAUAAACGUAAUUACAGUGCGUUGCCCUGUAGCUGGUUCAUGUGUGACACAGGGGAUUAUUAAAGUGUUAAUACAAUGCCACCACACUUUUUCAGCAGAAUGAGAAAUCUUUCACUACCUGCUUCGCCUUUCAUGACUCUGCGUGUCUGCUCUGGCCUAUUGCUGAAACACUGUACACUGUAGACACACAGCACUGAAAACCACAUUGGAAAUGUUGUCACCACUCUGCAAGGGUAGAAAGUUAUCCAUCUUUUAUGUGGUUUCAGCAGCAAUCAUGCCGUAGUGCCUUAGAGGUAUAAACACACACAAAAAUGUAACACUAAUCUUAUCAUUCAUGCUGUCAGGACUUCCUUCAUUGAAAUGCCUUAAUGUUUUUCUCCUCUAUUUAAAAUAUAUUUUGUCAUAUGUAUCUUAUAUUGAUUGUACUCUGAAGAGCUAUAUUGUUGAAUAAAAUAUGAUGGAUA